AUGGAUCAGCCGCACGAUUCUGCAUCGGGGCUCCCUGCGGAUCAGGAGCCCCCCCAUGCUUCAGAGGAAGCCCCAGUGACCGAGGCGCCAGUACCACAGGAGCCCCUUCAAUCUGAGCAGCAGACCAUGGAUGACUCGGCGCCGGCGCCUGUUCAUGUUAAUGUGGAGGAAUCCAACCCCAUCGAUCAAACAGAUGGUCGUGAGGGCAUUGACAAUGGUUACAACAGUGACUCCAAGGCACACUAUCACUCCCGGUCAACGGACUUUCAUCACUCAGCUCCGGAAUUCACGCAUGAAGAUGCCGAUGCGUCCGCUCGCCUCACCUCUUCCCCUUCGGUCAGCCACCAUACUCAGUCUCACCAUCACCAUCGGCCCAGUUCUGGCUUUUCCAGCGGUCCUGAGCGACAAAGUGUGGCCCAACAACCCCAACCCGCGGACUCUUCACAGCGACAGGCGGCAUCGUCAUCAAAGAAUAGCGUUGUUAUCAAGGUCGGCAUGGUGGGAGAUGCUCAGAUCGGGAAAACGAGUCUGAUGGUCAAAUAUGUCGAGGGAAGCUGGGAUGAGGAUUACAUUCAGACCCUUGGUGUCAAUUUCAUGGAGAAAACCAUCUCCAUCCGUAACACUGAAAUCACCUUUUCAAUCUGGGAUCUCGGUGGCCAACGCGAAUUUGUCAACAUGCUACCGCUGGUUUGCAAUGACGCUGUGGCCAUUCUGUUCAUGUUUGAUCUCACCCGCAAAAGCACCUUGAAUUCAAUCAAGGAAUGGUAUCGUCAAGGACGAGGCUUCAACAAGACUGCCAUUCCAUUUCUGGUCGGUACCAAGUAUGACCAUUUCGUUAAUUUCCCACGGGAGGAUCAAGAGGAGAUAUCUCUUCAGGCCAAACGAUUUGCGAAGGCCAUGAAGGCCAGCUUGAUCUUCAGCAGCACUAGUCACAGCAUCAACGUGCAAAAGAUCUUCAAAAUUGUCCUGGCCAAGGCCUUUGACCUCAAAUGUACCAUUCCAGAGAUCGAGAACAUUGGCGAGCCGCUGUUGCUUUACAAGAACGUGUAG